AUGCCUUCAGCCAUAGUUCCACCAGCGCUCCAGCCCGGCGCAACAGUAGCCUUUAUUUCUCCCUCAGCUCGUCUCAAUGAUGUGAUUCCCGCCGCCAUCUCACGCGCCAGGGACUUGCUCUCGGACAAGGGCUACCAAGUCCGCGAGCUCUUCACUCCAGACACAGGAAUCCAAUCCUCAAUAGCCAACCGUCUCUCAGAACUACGCACAGCCUUCUCAGACCCCUCCAUAUCAGCAAUAAUCUGCACCAUCGGCGGGCCCUCCUUCAACGAGCUCCUCCCCGCCCUCCUCGCCGACACAGAACUCCAAGCAACCAUCCGCGCCAACCCAAAGAUCGUAGUCGGCUUCUCCGACAUCACAGGCCUGCACUGGUUCCUGCACGCUACAACGGGCCUGCGCACCUUCUACGGGCCCGGCGCCCUCCCGGAGCUAUGCGAGCCCAGGGGUGCCAACGGCGAGAUCGACGAGGCUUCGCCGCUCGCCUUCUGCGUCCGGCACCUCUUCCGCGCCAUCACAGACCCCACGCCCAUCGGCGACAUCGCCCGCUCGCCUACCUAUGCGCCUGACCUGGCCCGCAUCUUCCAUGAUCCGAAGUCCACGGACCUGCCGCGGCUUGUCCCAUCCGCAGGGUGGACGUGGCUGCGGCCGGGCAGGGCGCAGGGCCGCCUCUUCGGCGGCUGCCUGACUGUCAUGGCGCGUCUGGGAGGCGUCCGUGGUGUGGUACCUGACUGGCGGGGGCGUAUAGUCUUCUUGGAGACGGCCAUGGGCGACAACGAGGUGUCGGGGAACCCCAUCGAGCGGGUGAGGGCUGGUGUGGCUGACCUGGUGGCUCAGGGCGUGUUUGAAGAUGCCGCGGGACUGGUGGUUGGACGGCCGUUUGGGUAUGAUUCCGCUGAGGCGAGGGAGAAGUAUGCGAGUGUUAUCACAGGGCUAUUGUGUGAAGGGCGUUUGGCCGACAACAAGUUUCCUAUAUUGUUUAAUGUGGACUUUGGGCACACUACGCCCAUGGUUACCUUGCCGUUUGAUGCGUUGGCUGUGCUAGAUUCCGAAAAGGAUCAGUUCGCUAUCUUGGAUCCGGCCUUAGACGGUUGA